AUGUUCGACCCAAGCCAAAAUAAAGCUUACCAAAUCGUGGAACACGCUCACAAAGGUGGGUACGCCGUACCCGCGAUAUGCUGUUACAACAUCGAAGGCAUAUUAGCCAGUGUUCGCGCUGCUGAAGCCAAGAAAUCACCUGUUCUCGUUCAGCUGUUUCCUUGGGCGGUAGAGUAUGCUGACGGCGUACUCGUACAUGCCGCCGCAGAAGCAGCGAGAAAUGCAUCAGUACCAGUUGCGGUCCACAUGGACCACGCACAGACACCAGACAUGGUAAGACGGGCAGCGGAUCUAGGCGGCUUCGAUGGCAUAAUGGUAGACAUGAGUCACUAUGAGCGAGAAGAGAAUCUAUCCAAGACGAAGGAGCUCGUUGAAUACUGCGCAUCCAAAGGAAUUGUCACCGAGGCCGAACCAGGACGAAUAACAGGAACCGAGGACGGUGUCGCGGACAUCGCAGAAUUACAGAGUGUAUUAACGACACCAGAGCAGGCUGAAGAAUUCGUGGCUACAGGUAUUCAGUGGCUCGCACCAGCAUUCGGCAACGUUCAUGGGAAAUAUGGUCCUCAGGGGCCUCAGCUAGAACUCGACAGACUCCGAGGCCUUGUCAGCGCUGUCGGCGAUCGUGUGAGAUUUGUGCUGCACGGCGCUGGUGCAGAGUACUUUGAUGAGAAGCGCUUUCGAGACUGUGUCGACGCUGGUAUGGUGAAGGCUAAUAUCAAUGACAUUGUGAAUGAUGCAUAUCUUCACAUAAUGAGGGAGAAGGCUGCUAAUACGCCGUUGACGAAGUUGUUGGAGGAAGUCACGGAUGCGAUGCAGAAGCAGGUUGAGCUCUGUAUGAAUUGGUUAGGGUCAACAGGAAAGGCUUAA